CCACCCGCCCAGGUCGAGUCCUUGUUCCCAGUCAGCGGUUGAUCCCAUUCCAUCACCUUCCAGAAACCCCAUUCUCAUCGAACCACAAUCCACCGGUUACUCCCAUAAACAACACAUCAGCUAUGUCGUUCAGGACUGCUGCUCGCUUCACUGCCCGUCUCUCCGUCCCGCGCACGCUCACCCGCCACGUCGCUCGACGUGCCGCAUCAUCCUCUGCCGGACCCAAGAUUGGCAGCGAUACCCCUUGGAUCAUUGGCUCUGCUGUUGGGUUCGGUACUCUUGGUGCUUUCAUUCUUUUCCCAUCUGGAAGAGACGCGGCGAAGCACGUUGAGCCUCAUUCUCAGGAGAAGGAUGAGAUCAACGAACACGCACCUAAGGCUACCCUCGGUGAAGAAAACCUUCAGUCCAGCCACACCAUUGAGAGUGCAGUAGCCUCUGACGACCCCAAGGACGUGAACCCCAAGGCCGAUAAGCCUGCCAGUGAAAUCCCUUCCAAGAAGUUGGGCAAGGGCGAUAAGGCCAGCGAGGAUCAGAAGGCUGAGGCCAAGUCUGGCGGUGCGAAUGCCAACGAAACCGCCCAGGUGCAGAAAUCUGCCGACGAUGCCAACAAGGGAGAGGAAAAGACCGAAGAAAAGAAGGAAGAGGGGUCUGAGCAGAAGCAGCAGGACUCCGAGGAGGGAACCCCUAGUGCUGAGGACAUCAAGCAUAGCAUCGUUCAAGCUGCGAAGGCAAAUGUUCCUGAAGUCGCCAUGGACUCUGAAGCGAAGGGUGAAUCUCCCAUUGGAAAGCAGGAAUAAGAAUUAGGCUUGUACGAAUCACAAGUUGAAGAAAAAUGGAAUGAGUGGAACGAAAACAAUCAUUGCAUGGCAUGCAAAAAGGAUUAGCACUUCCA